CAGCGCACCGACAUCCGACGCGACCACCAUCCCAUCUAGCCGUUGACUCUUCCCCUUCCGCUUUCUUGCCACCCAUCACUACUCUUCUAGUCUAUCCACCGACCACUCGGCAGCCUCCUCUCAAACAUGCCAGCCGACCCGCCCCGCGGGCCAGGCAUCUGCGCGAUGCGCGGCUCAUGUGGCCGCGCGUCCAUGUUCGGCGCCGAGCUUCCCUGUCCUGAUUCGGACCCGGCAACCAAGACGGACGACAAGGUCCGCGACCUCCUCGCGACCGUGUGCGGGAGCGCGUACGAAAUCCCCGACAGCGUGUGCUGCACCGCGGACCAAGUCAAGAUGCUCGGCGACCAGCUUGGGCAGGCGGCGCCGCUGAUCGCGGCAUGUCCCGCGUGCAUCAACAACUUCCGUGCAUUCUACUGCGACUUCACCUGCUCCCCGGAUCAGAGCACGUUCAUGGCCGUGACCAAGACGCAGCGGACGACGACUGGCCAGAAGGCCGUCAAGGAAGUCGAGUAUGCCGUGUCGGAUGAGUUUGCGCAGGGCUUCUUUGACAGCUGCAAGAGUGUCCAGUUUGGCGCGACGAACGGGUUCGCGAUGGACCUCAUCGGUGGCGGCGCGACCACCGCCCACGACUUUCUCGCGUACAUGGGCAGCGUGCGGCCGGGUCUCGGCUCCCCGUUCCAGAUCGACUUUCCUAGCGGAAAGAACUACUCGCGCACACCGUUGUCAUGCGCCGACAGCGGCGUCGAGUCGCGCUGCGCAUGCGCAGACUGUCCCUCAGUUUGCCCCUCGCUCCCGUAUGUCCCGCCACCCGACGAGCCGGGCUGCAAGGUUGGCAAGGUGUCGUGCCUCACCUUCUUCCUUCUUCUCGUGUACGGCAUCCUCCUCGCUGUCGGCCUUACAUACUAUGCCGCUCGUACCGCUCUCCGCGCCAGGCGGCGACAGUAUGAGCGCAUGGCGCUCACUGACCCUCCCCUCUCGCCCACCACGCCUGGGCUUGAAGGCCUAGUCGGCCGGGGAUCCAGCGGCGCAGACACUGACUCGGGACCGAGCGGCAGCAUUCACUUCCGACUGGGGCGCGGUGCGUCUCUUCUGGACCCCAUGGAACAUCUCCAGCCCAAGCAGAACCAGAUCAAUGCCGCCCUCCGCCGCUUCUUCUACCGCCUGGGCCUCUUCUGUGCCACGCACCCUUUCAUGACUUUCGGGUUAGCGGCACUUGUCAUCGGCCUCCUGAAUGCUGGCUGGGCACGCUUCGCCGUCGAGACCGAUCCCGUCCGCCUGUGGGUUGCGCCAAGCAGCGAAGCAGCCGCACAGAAGGCCUUCUUCGAUGAGUACUUUGGCCCCUUCUACCGCUCCGAGCAGUUCUUCAUCACUGCAACGGACGGCGGCUCUCCGCUUUCGUACGAGACGCUCGAGUGGUGGCUUGACGCCGAAGCCCAGAUCAAGAAACUUGCCUCGCCGUCUGGGACGACGCUCAAGGACGUGUGCUUCGCUCCUUCAGGCAGGGGCACGCCGUGCGUCGUGCAAUCCGUCAGCGCGUGGCUUGGCGACGACCUUGAAGAGUGGGGAGAUGGAUGGGCCAAGCGCAUCACCGAUUGUGCGAAGCGCCCUGGCGAGUGUCUUCCAGACUUUGGUCAGCCCAUCGACCCCAAGCUGGUGCUCGGCGGCGCCAAGGGCAAGUGGCUCGACGCCAAGGCGCUCGUAGUCACCUACGUGGUGAACAAUUACGAGGAGGACGACGAGCGCCUCCCCGCGACGGAGGAGUGGGAGCGCACCCUCGAGUCGUUCCUCGCCGGUCUUGAGCGCCCCGAUGGCAUCAAGCUGUCCUUCUCCACCGGCGUGUCCCUUGAGGAGCAGCUCAACAAGAGUACCAACACCGAUGUCAAGAUCGUCGUCCUGUCCUACCUCGUCAUGUUCCUGUACGUCUCCCUGUCGCUUGGCGGUGGGCGCGUACCGAAGCGCGAGAUCGGGCGCAUGUUCACACGUCUCGGUGCCGAGAUCCACAAGCUCGCCUACCGCCUUGGGAUCGCCCGCACGUUGCCAGAUCACGAGGCGAUGGAGCCGUCGCUCAGCACCGUCCCGACGCUUUUGCUCGUCAACUCCAAGUUCACACUUGGGUUGUUUGGCAUCGCUAUCGUGCUCAUCGCCGUGAGCACAUCCGUUGGCCUGUUCUCCCUCCUCGGUGUGCGCGUCACCCUCAUCAUCGCCGAAGUCAUUCCGUUCCUCGUGCUGGCUGUUGGGGUGGACAACGUUUUCAUCCUUGUACACGAGCUCGACCGCCAGAACGCACUGCACGCUGCACCUGACGCGCCCGCUAGACCUGCCGACAGCGACAGCGACGACGAGAUCGAGUUUGGGAGACCGCCUGCUGCCGGGUUGAGCGCCGAGGAGCGUGUCGCACGUGCAGUCGCCCGCAUGGGCCCGUCUAUUCUGCUGUCCAGCACCACCGAAGUAGUGGCCUUUGCGCUUGGCGCACUCGUGCCCAUGCCCGCCGUCCGCAACUUUGCCGUCUACGCGGCGGGCAGUGUGCUUAUCGGCGCGCUACUCCAGGUUACGGUCUUUGUGAGCGCAAUGGUUCUCGACCUCAAGCGCUCAGAGGCAGGCCGUAUGGAUAUCUUCCCGUGCAUCCCGUUGCGCGGCAAGAUCAGGCUCGACGAGGGCGCUGCCUCCGAAGGCGUAAUCCACCAAUUUAUUAGACGAGUUUACGCACCCACUCUCCUACGCCCCGAGGUCAAGCACGGCGUGCUCGCCGCUUUCGGAGCCCUCCUCCUCGUCUCGGUGAUCGGCAUCCAACGCAUCAGCCUGGGCCUAGACCAGCGGCUUGCCCUCCCACCCGACUCGUACCUCGUGCCUUACUUCAACGACCUCGACGCAUACCUCGACGUCGGGCCGCCCGUGUACUUUGUAGUGCGCGGUGGCGACACGGCGGAGCGUGAGGGUCAGCGGGAGCUCUGCGGCCGCUUCACGACCUGCAUGGAGCUCAGCGUUGCGAACACGCUCGAGGCUGAGCGUAAGCGCCCCGACAGCAGCUUCCUUGCCGCGCCGCCCGCCGCAUGGAUCGAUGACUUCUUGCAGUGGACGAACCCAGCAUUUGAGAGCUGCUGCCGUGUCCGCAAGGCUGAUCACUCCGUGUUUUGCCGGCCACGCGACGCCGACCGCCUUUGCCAGCCUUGCUUCGCUGGCCGCGAGUGGGACAGCACCAUGGCUGGGUUACCGACAGGCGAUGAGUUCGCGCGCCUUCUCGAUCAGUGGUUGGCCUCGCCUGCCGAUGACUCUUGUCCCUUGGGUGGUUUGCAGGGCUACUCGGCCGCAGUCACGCGCGACGAGCACGGCACACCCAACGCAUCCCACUUCCGCACCUUCCACACUCCACUCCGCACCCAGGGCGACUUUAUCAAUGCGCUCGCGGCUGCCCGCCGCAUCGCUGGCGACAUCUCGCAGCGCACCGGCCUCGACGUAUUCCCCUACUCGCUCUUCUACGUCUUCUUCGACCAAUACGCAUACAUUCGCGGCAUGACCGUGCAGGUGCUUGCGCUAGGCGCGGGCGCCGUGCUGGCGAUCACGAGCGUGCUCCUCGGCUCGUGGCGCACCGGCCUCGUCGUGACGGGCACGUGCGUCCUCGCAGUCCUGAAUGUCAUGGGCGUCAUGGGCUUUUGGCACAUCUCUCUCAAUGCCAUCUCCCUCGUGAACCUGGUCAUCUCGCUCGGCAUCGCGGUCGAGUUCUGCUCGCACCUCGCGCGCGCCUUCAUGGGCGCCGGCGGGCUGCUGUACGAUGAGAAGCGCGCCGAGCGCGACGAGCGCGUCUACACGGCGCUCAUCGACGUCGGGCCCAGCAUCUUCAGCGGCAUCACGCUCACCAAGCUCGCCGGCAUCUCGGUGCUCGCGCUCACGCGCUCCAAGCUCCUCGAGACAUACUACUUCCGCAUGUGGCUCGCACUUAUUCUCGCCGGCGCGCUGCACGGCCUCGUCCUCCUCCCCGUGCUCCUCACGUACUUCGGUGGUGCAGGGUACGCGCUGGAGGAUACCGACGAGGACUGGGUCACGAGUCAGAUGAGACGCCCCAUGAACUACGAGCGCGCGCCGUUCGAUGACGACGACGUCCUGUCCGAAUAGGUAGAUGUAGAGCUAGUAUGCAUGCCGUCUUGACUG